UCGUUGUGAGAUGUUUUCCGUCCACACGCGGCUGGAAAACUGAACAGGAAAAUGGCUUCAAAUUUACAACUCUGAAUAUGAAACUCCAUGAGAUUUUCACAGUAAGCAAAACCCUUCAUCUAAAUUGCAAACCAAGCCAAAAUGGCUAACGAUCAUGGCAGAAUGCUCAAACUAGGGGCCACCAAGCUGUUCAUGUUUGCUCUCCUUCUCCUAGUAUGUCGAGCUACAAGGGCCGAACCCAUGAGCAAUCAAGAGACAGUUGAUGAGAUUGGGGUUAUCUUGGAUUUGGGAACGCGUGUGGGGAAAGAGAUAAAAACCAGUAUGGAAAUAGCCAUUAGAGACUUGCGGGACUCCAGGAACUCAAGGGUGGUGUUGAUGCACUUGAGGGACUCGCAUGGAGAUCCUGUUGAAGCUGCCUCAACAGCUUUAGAUCUCAUCAAUAACCAGAACGUCAGAGCAAUUGUGGGCUUACAAACAAGGAAUGAAGCUGCUUUUGUGGAUCAAGUAGCUACCACGGCACAGGUACCUGUGAUCUCCUUCUCUCGUCCUUAUCCUCCACCUGCAGCUUGCUAUUUAACCCCAACCUUCCUCAUCCACAUGGCCAACAAUGACUCACUACAAAUGAGAGGAGUGGCCGCAAUAACAUCCUCUUAUCAAUGGAAACUUGUCAAUGUUAUUCAUGAUGACGCCGACUCCACUAUUGUGAUAUUUCCCUUUUUAAAUGAGGCCCUCAUGUCAGUAGGAGCAAAGAUUGUGCAACGAUCAGUUCUUCCCACAAAAGCUUCAUUGCAUGACAUGAUAGGCACACUUAGAAAAGAGCUUCAAAGGUUGAGGGCAACCCAAUGCCGGGUUUUUGUGGUUCACAUUACUUCUAUUGAUCUAGCUAACUUGUUGUUUGUAGAGGCAAAGAGAAUGGGGAUGAUGGAAAAUGAAUAUGUGUGGCUUAUCACUGACCCUCUUACUGCCCUUCUCGACUCUAUGGAUUCAGCUACCAUUUCAUUGAUGCAAGGGGUUAUUGGAGUCACAACUUCAUUCUGCCAUGAAACUCGAGAAUUCUUUUCGAGGUUCAAGCAACAAUUCUUAUCAGAAUAUCCAGAGGAAGAAAGAGCUAAUCCAAGCAUCUAUGGCCUCCGUGCCUAUUAUAUGAUCAUGGUUCUUGCUCAGUCCAUGAAGAGUGUUGGUGCCAAAAGAGAGAAUAACUCCAUCAUACCAUGGAUCCAGUAUCACAAUGAAACAAAGAGAGCUUGGGAUCUAAGGGAAUCUCUUGAUGGCCCAAGGUUAAUCAAAGAGAUCACAUCCAUUGUAUCAAGAGGAUUCAGUGGAGAGAUAAGGCUGACAAAUAAAGAGUUGCAUAGCUCGAUCAUCCAGAUCAUUAACAUAGUUGGAAAAGGCAGUAGAGGUAUUGGAUUUUGGAGUCCUGAGACAGGUUUCUCGAGAGAUGAAAUGGCUAGGGAAGGAAAAAGUACAUCAAUGAAUACUAUUCUUGCACCAGUCAUCUUCCCUGGUGGCCCUUCUACAACAUUUCCCAAGGGGUGGGUAGUGACAAGUGAUGGGAAGAAGAUGAGGAUUGGUGUACCUAAAAGAAAAGGUUUUAAGGAGUUUGUGGAGGUGAAGCAUCACCAGACUCUUAAUAGGAUAGAAUUCAGGGGCUUCGUCAUUGAUGUUUUUCACAAAGUCUUAGAUAUUUUACCAUAUGAACUUCCUUAUGAAUUCAUUCCCUAUGAUCGCUCAUAUAACGAUCUUGUCUAUGAAGUGUACCAAAACAGGUUUGAUGCUGUUGUGGGAGAUGUUAACAUCUUGGCCAAUCGCUCACGAUAUGUAGAAUUCUCACAUCCAUUUUCUGAGUCAGGGAUUUCGUUGCUGGUCACUGUCAAUGAUGGGAAGCCACACAAUGCAUGGAUGUUCAUGACGCCUUUCACCAUGGGUACCUGGCUGGUUACAGGUGCACUAUUCCUUUACACAUCAAUAGUGGUGUGGUCUUUGGAACACGAGAAUAAUCUGGAUUUUGGAGGUUCUCUAUGGGACCAAAUUGGCACAGUGCUCUGGUUCACGUUCUCAACCCUUUUCUUUUCUCAUAGGGAAAACAUAAAAAGUAGCCUCUCAAGGGUGGUGAUCGCAAUAUGGUUGUUUGUGGUGCUAGUACUGAGAUCAAGUUACACUGCUAGCUUGGCAAGCACAUUCACUGUUAACCGCUUGGAACUCACAGAGAUAACCUUAGAAUCCUUACUGAGAAACAAAUCAACUGUGGGCUGCCAACGUUCUUCCUUUGUGCCACAGUACUUGGAGGAAGUGCUAGGGUUUGAUCCUGUCAAUAUCAAGGAAAUAACAACUGCAGAUGAACUUUCAGAGGCUCUAUCUAAUGGGACAAUAGCGGCAGCUUACAUGGAAGUCCCAUAUAUCAGAGCCUUUCUCUCCCAAAAUAAAUGCAAAGGAUUCACCAUGGCAGGGCCCACAUACAGGGUGGGAGGACUCGGAUUUCAGGCAUUUACUCUCGGAUCACCUCUUACCUCUGAUGUUUCUAAAGCAAUACUAAGCAUAAAAGAGAGUGGGGAGAUGCAGUAUUUGGAGAGAAAGUGGUUAUACUCCACCGAGUGCUCAAAGGUUACUGAUGUAAAUGAUGAUGAUGACAGCCUCAGCUUGGACAGUUUUUGGGGUCUCUUUCUCAUCACAGGUGGUACUUCAACAGUAGUCCUCUUACUCUUCGUCGUGAAUUUGUUGCAUGGUUAUCGACACCUUGAGAAUGUGGAAGAUGCUGGAGGAAGGGCAAAGAGCAUGUGGUACUUCAUGGUUGCAUUGUCUAAAUAUUGGAACCAUAGAUUGGUUGCUUUGUCAUUCAUUUAUACCAGAAAGUCAAGCUAAUUGGGGAGUUUACUUGUAAAGGUUAGGGUUUCUUAUAAAUUUGUUUUUACACGUUUAAAGACAAAAACAGAAAAUGAUAAAGGCGAUCUCCACAGAUUCAAAUAUGUGAGCUAGAACCUUGUUAUUAA